CCAACACCAUCAAGGUCUGCCCCCGCUGCGGUGCCUUCAUCAUGAAGAUCAACGAUGGUAGCUGCAACCGCAUGAACUGCACCGUCUGCGGCUGCCUCUUCUGCUGGCUGUGCAUGCGAGAAAUCACCGACGUCCACUUCCUCAGCCCAUCGGGGUGUACCUUUUGGGGGAAGAAGCCCUGGUCCCGGACGCGGAAGCUCCUCUGGCAGCUAGGCAUGGUGCUUGGCGCCCCAAUGGUCAUCUCACUGGUUGCUGGUCUUGCUGUGCCAGUCAUCACACUGGGGAUCCCCAUCUACAUGGGGAAAAAGGUUUUGAGCCACGGACGCAAGAGCAAGCUCUCCAGCUGCCAGCAGUGCCUGUCUGUGGCCAGCAGCAUCAUCCUCUCCCUCUUCAUCUCCCCAGUCGUUACGGCUGUCACGGUCGGAGUGGGAGUGCCUCUGAUGCUCACCUACAUCUAUGGGGUCGUGGUUCUCUCUCUGUGUCGGAAUCGCUGGGGCUGCGGGAGCCCCCAAAGGAGAGCUGGGGAGCCAAGUUCAGUGGAGCUGGAAAACCUCGCCAAACUAAAUGAGCUGCUAGCCGUGCUGCCCACCCCCACGGGGGCUGAGAUGCGGGCCGGGGCCGCCGCGCCGACCCCCCCUCUGCCCAGUGGAAGCCGUCAGCAACAGGAGGAGGAGACGGGCCAGACGGAGGGAGGCCCCCGGUUUGGCAGCAUGGCCGUCGCUGGGGCCGGGAGCCUGCUCAGGGAAGCCCCAGAAACCUCUUACAGGGAGGGCUUGCACGUGGUGGAAGUGGAAGUGGAGGCCGAGCCCCCGACCGCCUUCGAGGGCAGCCUCUGCAGCGCCGUCUCCAGCCGCAGCUGCUCCACGGACACUCUCGCCAACACCAGUGACGGGGGCAGCUUGGCUGGUGUGACGACCGAAUGAAGCCGCCGGGCCGCCCCCGCCAGCGACGGCAACCCGCAUGGACCCGUGGCUGCCUGUAGCCCACACCUGACUCACUCCUGCUCUGCCGCGCACCCUCCCGCCAUCUGCCGCCACAAGCCACUCUGCACCACCGGCUUCAGCCCCCAGCAGGGUUUGGUUGGCUGACUCAGACUUUGGGCACUGGGGGGGGAGGGGGGCAAUAAAUUGCAGCUCAGCAAAAAGCC